AUGGUUUACCUAGACGAUGGUGUCAGCCUAAAUAGCCGUCUACCUAGGUGUUAUCUUCUUGCCUCAUCUUUCCAACAGCACUUGGAAACGGCAGUUGGGAGUCUUAAGUCCGCCCACCGGGACACCAAGACCAGAACAGGAUACAAACCACCAGUCAGCAUGAGACUACACUUUAGUGCAGCCUUUCUGUGCAGCGUUGUCCUGACAGUACUCCAAGUAACCACAGUUUCCUCGGCUCCAGCCACGAAGUGCAAAAAGUCUACGAAUCCUGGAUUUUUUAAGUGGAAGUUGGCAGCUAACACGUGUCAAUACCUCUGCGAGGGGUGGCCAACCCGAUUUGAAAAUGAAGACAAUGGCACUCCGUGUGUGAAAAUGAUCUUCCCUGGAGAGUGUCUCAACGGAAAAUGCCUAAGGCUUGUGCCUACUCUACCACCAACAACGACGGAGGUAGCAACCACAACGAAAACUCCAAGUACUACAGAAGCCGCAACUAUUGCGCCCGCUCCCGAAGCAAAACUGGCAGACGAUGGCCUCUGCCCAUGUUCGCCCGAUACAGAGAGCGAUGCACCUCCCGGAUCAGCGGGGCCAGCACCUUCAAGUGAGGGUGGAGAAGCGAGUCCCAAAGUUGCACCGGAAGCGCCUGAAAAUGCCGCAGAGGCACCAGCAAAAACACCAGCCGAAGCGCCAGCGGCUCCAGCCGCAGCUGCACCAGGUGCCGCACCAGACACCGCACCAGCAGCACCAGCAGCACCAGCAGCACCAGCAGCACCAGCAGCACCCGCAGCACCAGCAGAUGAACUAGCGGACGCUCCAGCAGAAGCCGAAACAGCCGCACAGGCAUCGGCAGCAGCGCCAGCAUCAGCAGAAGUACCAUCUGAAACUCCAGCUAAAGCACCACCGGCAGUAGCAGCAGCAGCACCAGAAGAGGCACCAGUAGAACCAGCAGUACCAGAAGCAGCUCCAAAAGACUCGAAAGCAGAAGCACCAGCAGCGGAAUCAGCAGCAGCACCCGCAGCAGCACCUGAAGAAGCCGCAGCACAACCCGCAGGAACGCCUGAACAAACCCCCGCGGCGGCACAAGAGGAACCCAAAAAUGAGCCGGCAAAGUCACCAGCAGAAGAACCAAAAGAAGACGCAGUCCCAGAGCCAGCCGCAGCACAAUCAGAGAAAGCAGCAGGGGCAUCACCAGCGACACCAGCGGAGGCGUCUUCAGCUGAUGCACCCGCAAAGGCGCCAGAAAAUGCACCAACAGCAGCCGAAUCAAAAACUCCAGAACCCGCUUCACCCGAGGCACCAGUGGACGCUCCAGUCGCAGCUCCAGCAGAGCCACCGGCAGACAAAACUGCUGAGAAACCAGCCGACACGUCUGGAGACGCACCUCCCGAUUCGGCAGCUGUUGCGUCAUCAGAGCCAUCUGCGGAGCAAGCUUCAGCGGAUAAACCAGUCGAGAAGCAAGCCAGCUCUGCAGCGGUUUCGCCAGGCAAUCCAGCGGCUGAUGCAACCGGCGAGGCACCAGCCGACGCAGCAGUAAAAAUAUCCGUAGAUGCUGAAGCUAAUGCUGCCACAAAGGAACCAGUGAAGCCAGCUGCCGAGGCAUCUGGGGCUCCAGCGGAAGCCCAAGGUGAAGGAGAGGCGGAAGCUCCAGUUGAAUCGGCUGCGGAUGCGCCAAAAGACGCUGCAGCGGAUGCACAAGCGGACGCGUCAGCUGAUUCUGCAGUGAAAGUACCCGCAGAAGCACCAGUUGACGCGGCUGCAGAGUCGCCAGCUGAAGAAGCGGCUGAAACUCCUGCUGAAGCCGCGGCGGAUGCUCCAUCCGACGUAGCCGCGGACGCAUUGUCUGAUUCCACAGCUGAGACACCUGCGGAAGCUCCAGCCAAUAAAGAUACAGACACUUCAGCUGAUCCCGCUCCUGAGGCCCCGAUUGAAGCAGCCGCCAAUGUUCCAGUCGACGCAACUGAAGACUCAAAAGCGGAUACCCCCAAGGGAGCUUCAGACGGAGCAGCAGCUAAAGAAGCUGACGCGCCAGCUGAAGCAGCUGAGGUUGUGUCAGCCGACACAGCGGUCGACGCGCCUGCAGAUGCAGCAGUUGACUCGCCUGCAAAGGCACCAGCAGAACAACCAGCUGGAGGAGAAGCUGUAGAACCAAGCGGCGAUGAAAAAAACUCUGAAGCCGGUGCAGACGCAUCCAGCGCAAAAACAACUCCUGAAGGAGCUAAAGAUGAGGCCGACACAGACGUCGCAGGGGAGGAAGUAUCAAAGCCAGCAGCGGUUGUAAAGGUUACUCCUGAAUGAACUGGGAUUAAAGUUCCAAAGUAGAUAACACGCAAUAUUUGAUCAAAUUGCAAUCAUGAACCAUUUAUAUUAUAGCUUUCCCUUUUAAUUCAUAAAUGAAUUUUAUUAAUUACAUUUUGAA